GGCACAACCAGCAGCAUCAUGUCGACCACCGAAGGCGCCGAAACGUUUGCGUUUUCCGCCGACAUCAGCCAGUUGUUGAGCUUGAUCAUCAACACGUUUUACUCGAACAAGGACAUCUUCUUGCGCGAGUUGAUCUCGAACGCGUCCGAUGCGUUGGACAAGAUCCGGUACCAGUCGUUGACCGACGCGUCCGUGUUGGACAGCGACAAGGACUUGGAAAUCAAGAUCAUCCCUGACAAGGCCAACGGCACGUUGACCCUCCAAGACUCGGGCAUUGGUAUGACCAAGACCGACUUGGUGAACAACUUGGGUACGAUCGCCAAGUCUGGCACGAAGGCGUUCAUGGAAGCGUUGGCCGCCGGUGCCGACAUUUCCAUGAUUGGUCAAUUCGGUGUGGGUUUCUACUCUGCGUACUUGGUUGCCGACCGUGUGACGGUGCACUCGAAGCACAACGACGACGAACAACACGUGUGGGAAUCCGCUGCCGGCGGUUCGUUCACUGUGUCUGCCGACUCGUCCGAGCCCAUCAAGCGCGGUACCCGCAUCGUGUUGAAGUUGAAGGAAGACAUGUUGGAGUACUUGGAAGAACGCAAGUUGAAGGACUUGGUGAAGAAGCACUCUGAGUUCAUCUCGUUCCCCAUCAAGUUGUACGUGGAGAAGACGACCGAGAAGGAAGUCACGGACGACGAAGACGAAGAAGAGGAAGAGAAGGAGGGCGAAGACGACAAGCCCAAGGUGGAAGAAAUCACGGAAGGUGAUGACGACAAGAAGAAGAAGACGAAGAAGAUCAAGGAAGUGUCGCACGACUGGAACCACUUGAACGGCCAACGCCCUAUCUGGAUGCGCAAGCCCGAAGACGUGACCCACGAGGAGUACGCGGCGUUCUACAAGUCGUUGACGAACGACUGGGAAGAGCAUGCUGCCGUGAAGCACUUUGAAGUGGAAGGCCAACUGGAGUUCAAGGCGUGUUUGUUCGUGCCCAAGCGCGCGCCUUUCGACAUGUUCGAAGGCGGUGCCAAGAAGAAGGUGAACAACAUCAAGCUGUAUGUGCGCCGCGUGUUCAUCAUGGACAACUGCGAGGAGUUGAUGCCUGAAUACUUGAGCUUCGUCAAGGGCGUGGUCGACUCGGAAGACUUGCCGUUGAACAUUUCGCGCGAAACGUUGCAGCAAAACAAGAUCUUGCGCGUGAUCAAGAAGAACUUGGUGAAGAAGUGCUUGGACAUGUUCAACGAGUUGGUGGAAGACGCCGAGAAGUACAAGAAGUUCUACGAAGCGUUCUCGAAGAACUUGAAGUUGGGGAUCCACGAAGACACGACCAACCGCACCAAGAUCGCCAAGCUCUUGCGCUACCACUCGACCAAGUCUGGCGAAGACUUGACGUCGUUCGACGACUACAUCUCGCGCAUGCCCGAGUCGCAACCCGGUAUCUACUACGUGACGGGCGAGUCGAAGAAGGCGGUGGAGAACUCUCCGUUCAUUGAGAAGUUGAAGAAGAAGGGUUACGAAGUGUUGUUCAUGGUGGACCCCAUCGACGAAUACGCUGUCCAGCAGUUGAAGGACUACGAGGGCAAGAAGUUGAUCUGCGCCACGAAGGAAGGCAUGGACUUGAAGGAAACGGACGACGAGAAGAAGACGUUCGAAGAAGCCAAGGCCGCGACGGAAGGCCUGUGCAAGUUGAUGAAGGAAGUGUUGGACGACAAGGUGGAGAAGGUGCAAAUCUCGAGCCGCAUCGUCGAAUCUCCGUGCGUGUUGGUGACUGGCGAGUACGGCUGGUCGGCCAACAUGGAGCGCAUCAUGAAGGCGCAAGCGCUGCGCGACAGCAGCACGUCGUCGUACAUGAGCUCGAAGAAGACGAUGGAGAUCAACCCGUUGCACCCGAUCAUCAAGUCUCUGCGCGAAAAGUCGGACGUGGAUAAGAGCGACAAGACGGUCAAGGACUUGAUCUGGUUGUUGUACGACACGUCGUUGUUGACGUCUGGCUUCUCGUUGGACGAACCCACGACGUUUGCCGGCCGCAUCCAUCGCUUGAUCAAGUUGGGGUUGAGCAUCGACGACGAUGACAUUGCCGAAGAAAACUUGGACGACUUGCCUCCUCUUGAAGGCGACGAAGGCUUGGAGGAAUCCACCAUGGAAGAAGUCGAUUAAAUAAUUGAAUGAACUCUCGUAUCUAUAGCA